UUGCUGCAGAAUUAAUUAUCUUUUACUAAAUUUUAAUUAUUACAGAUAAAAGAAUUGGUGAUGCUCCUAGUGAAGCCGAAACUCCAGCAGGCGAUACAGUUGUAGUUUCUUCCAACAAUUCUGAAAAUACACUAAACUCUCUCCAAGAAAACGAUACAACUCCAAUAUUGAACACAGUCCUGAGUUUAAUUGAAACUGGAGUUAAUAUUUUAAGAAUCGUUCCACAUAAAACGUCUAGUCAAGCUCAUAAGGCGAUAAACUACAUCAAACUAUUAACUGAUCUCACAGAUGAUGUAGAAAAUGCAUUGAAAAAUACAAAUUCAUCGGCAUUCAUUGAUACUGCUGGAGACUUGCUCGGGGCUUUCUUUCUUACUGUAGUUGAUUCGUCAAAAUUGUUAAAUGGUAACAGCACGGCUAAAGGUUAUAUAGAUUUCUGUAAUGUAGAUGAAUUCCAAAAGAAACUUAAUUCUUCAAAAAUUCACAAUGCCAACCAACUUCAGCACUAUGCCUGUAGAAUAGCUGAAUUAACAGAAAAAAUGCUGGACUCAAAUAAAAACUCUGACAAAGAAAACCUUCACGUUGUUCAUGAUAAAUUGAAACAAAUAUUAAGCAAAGAGAAAUACAUAAGCAUUUAUCAAAAUCUUCAAAAAUGGGCAACUGACUCAAACUCAGGGAUCGAUCAUAGUUCAUUUUCCAAGUAUGCAUACAAAAACGAGAGCAUCGAUGAUUUGAUAUCUGUGAUGGAGUGCGGGGCUCAGCAAAUAAAUGGAGUUAUACAUCCGAAUUUCGAAGAUGAGUCAAAAAUUGUAUCACCUAAUUCUACAAGCUUCAUCAACGGACUGAACAACUUAGAUAAAGAUAAAUUUAUAAACGAGAGGAACAUUGUACUUGCAAUACUGAAAAUGAAAGAUAUUAUGAACUAUUUUAAGUUAAAUCCUCUAUUUGAGAGCAUAACAAAGUUUUUCAAAGAAUCAGAUACAGUGACAAUACUUACAGAACUCGAAAAGGUGAUGAAUGCAGCGAAAGAAGGAAACAACAACUUUUUACCUGCAGAAAUUCUACGGCUUUUACCAGCUUUGAUAUUUGCAACUAAAGAUUUGAAAACUGGUUUUUCCCGAAGCAUAGCCGAAUUAAAAAGUCUUCCAUCCAUUGUAUCGUUACUCGUCGACGAUAUAGAACCUUUCAUAUGGAACUCUAUAUCCCCUAAAAUGGUACGAGAUUUCUCCGAUCAAAAGUACAGUAGAAAUUUCUGUAUCGAUACAAAUACACUGGAAGCUACACAACUGCACUGGAAGUGGAUGCUCUGUGAAGACUCUUUGUCAGCUUUUCGUCUUCCUCUGCCGACCACCAAUGAAGAAACGAUUAAAAUAAACGAUUCGAGACUGCCGUUGAAACUGGAUUUGAAUCUGAACGAGACUCUCGAUGCCAAAGUAUUCUCCCGAAUGACACUUCAGGUUUCUUCUCAGGUUGGUUUCCUGCUGAAGACGGUUCUUCAGUUCUUGAAACCUGUCAAGGGUUGUGAAAAUACGUGCACUGCAGACGCGAUGUUAAAGAAAAUGUGCUUUUUAAGUCGAAUGCAAAAUGUAAAGAAAAUAUUGCAGGAUCAGGAGACAGGAAUUGCAGGUGUAGAGAGUGACGAUAUUCUACAGCAACUGCAACAUUUAUUUCCUGUUGACGAGAAAAUAAUUGAAUCAUAUGACACUUUCAUGGAUGCAACUCGUUUUUCUGCGCAGAAGAAUUAUACGGAUUGGAAAGAUAUCGUCAAACUUUUAGUAUCAAGUUUACAAUUCUUAGAAUCAGUUGAUGGAAAAAGCCAGAAGUUAAGACCAGUUUUCCAUGUCUUAACUUCAUUGACCAGUUUAAUAAAGAACAGAGUGUCGGAUGCUGCUCAGUCUGCAAUAAUGCCCAUGGUUAGAAUAGAAAAUGUUCUCCCUGACUCCCCUUUGACUCAAGAAGUUGUCAAAAGUUUCCUUCCACUCUUGCCAGAAGUUGCUUCCACAUUUUUCUGGACAUCUUUAGCUCCGGGAAAGCUUUUGGAUUUGGUGGAAAAAAGUAAAAAGAACAUAUCGAUUAUCAUGUCUGAGUUAUGUGAUUCAUCUCUUACUAAGUAUUUGUAUAAUCCUGCCUUGAAUGAAGAUGAAUUUGCAAAGCUUAGCGAAGCUUUGUGCCAUCAUGAAUAUUACGAUUUAUUUGAAGAAAUAUUUCAAGAUCCCGAUAUUCAAGAGAUUGUCUUUGAAGCAAGCAGUACUGACGAAAUUUCUUGGGAAGACAUGAAUAACAACAUUCUUGAAACUGUGACAUUACUUAUGGACUUAUCCACUGCUAAAAGAGCCGAUUUGUCUCUCUUACCCCCGUUAGAAAAAUGGCAAAAGAUGGCCAUGGAUGUUCAAACCUAUGCACAAGACCCAUCAGUCAUACUCUAUAUUCUCUCCAAUAAGCUCUUCUACGGAUUCUGCACCAUGUCAACACAGAGUGUCCCAAGCAAUCUGCAGAGCUUUUUCCCUCCAGAAAAGGAAGCAAUUCUGUACCGCGAACUGUGUUCCAUGAGUGAACCCUCUUUUUCUUACAAGCUAGUUGAUGAAACAGAAAAGCGAGUUCUGCCGAGAGUAAGAGGAAAAGAAAUCGAUUACGGAUCAGCGGUGCAAGAAAUCGGAAGUGCCUUGUUGAGAAUGUCCCCAAUCCGGUCCAUCCUGGACGCGAUAUUUGAUUUGGACUUAUCGGCAGAUUCAAUGGAAAAUGGGGAUAUUUCUUCAGAUUCUAAUUACGGUGAACACUCAAAUGAAUAUGUAACCAAAUCCAGAAGAAGGAUCAUGACAGCAAUAAAAAAGGCGUUCAGCAUGGUGAACAGUUUGACGAAUGAAGAUCUUUCAGGUGUCAUUCUGGGUAGUUCUGCGCCUGAAUUAUUACAAGAAUUUUCAUCGUUUAUCCUUGAAACAGGUGGCAAGGUUGAUUUAAAACAUUUUUUCAAGAAUGGUAACGAAGGGAGCAAGUUGCUGUUGACCCUCUUUCAAAGUAAUCCAGAAAAACAAAGACUUGAGAGAUAUGUUAAAGUCUUGAAAUCAUUUUUUACCAAACCCGAUAAUUAUGAAACAUUGAAGACAUUAUGUGAUAUUUACAGAGACAAGCAAAAAUCAAAAGUUUCACAAGAAACCGUCAAUACGGUUUUCGAAAUGAUGUGCAUAGAUUCCCCUCGCAAGUGGUCAAUUAAACUACUAAUGACUCCCAUGAACAACUUUUCAGAACUCUGGUAUCAGAUUGAUGAAUUACUGUCUGAGGACAUCAAAAACCAGACGCGUGAAGACUAUUUCAAAGAAAGAAAGGAAGACAUGUGGACGUCUAUCGAAAACAUUUUAAAAUCUGGAAUACACUUGAAUGACGUGUCAAGUGUUCAAUCACCGCAAUUUUAUUUUUCCCUCUUAAAAUCAGUGAUAAGGAAUUUAGAUGAAAGUGGGAUGAAUCUUACCAUACCAGGUAUUGGUUGCUUUACAAGAACUAAACAACAUGCUAUACAGAAUUCAACUCACAAACUGCUCAGAUCUAUUCCUGAUGCAGAAUUCUUAACAUGCGGUCUACUAAAUAAAAACAUCAGCAGCUUUUAUAGAUGGUUCUCUCAUUCCUCAGGCUUAAAGAAUACGAUACAGCAAUUCACAGAGGAAGCGGCAAAAGAUGAACGAUGCAAGCAUUCUUGGAACUGGUUACUUCCCUUAGUGGAUGACUUGGAAAACUUUUAUUUGAGAAUUUCUAUGGAUCUGUCUGAGUCUGACGUUCAAAAUAUAAAAAAUUGUUUACAAAAUAUGAAGCAAAGCGUAUUGCUACAGAGUAUAGAAACACAUGCAAACAUUAUGCAGAAGGCAGCAAAGUUUAUGAUGUCCCUUGGUACACCAACUGGACAAUUUAAAGAAAUUAAGCAGCAGCUUCUUAAAAAGAUAUCUCAACAUUUGCCAGCAUACUUUAAGAUACCUGACCUAGUACAGAAUCAAACAUCUUACUCGUCUCCAGAUGAAUUAGACCAAGAACUAAUGGAUGCCCUUAAAGACACAGCGAUUAAUUUUAACUUGCUGAGGCGGCAAGGUUUCUCUGCGGAAAUGUUUUGGAAUAAAAUUUGCAAGAAACAAAGAUAUUCAGGAUCGUUUUACCCAUCGUCUGCAACUUUGUACUCACGAUCCAAAAUGAAGGAAAUAUUGUGCAAGAGCGACAACAUCGAAAAGGUUCUUAGUUAUUUAGAGAAAGAAGAUAUAAAAAAUAAAAUACGUGAAUCUCAAGAGCGAGACUUUUUCUCUGGCUUAUGGCUUCAAAACUUAAUAGGUUCAUCAGGUGUUUUAAUUGACGUUGUAAGAAAGUUAGGUUCAUUUCUGAGUGAGAUUAAAAUUCAAAGUAUAUAUGAUGUAUUCCAGCUCUUUACGAAGCCACAAGUCAUACAGAAUGUAGCUGAUAGCUUUGAGAAGCUCACUGAUGUCUUUGAACCCAUAUUUCCUGACAGUUCUUUAACCGAAACAUUACAUCAAAUAAAGGAUGGAUUAAAAGCAUUUAAAUCUCUUUCACAACUUGCAAAUUUUAGUUUUCUUUAUGAUCCUCAAGACGUGUUUCGAUAUGAUGUGGAACAGAUAUUGCUCACUGAACUCAUGGUUGACCCUAAGGUCGUGUCCAAAUUUGUGGAAUCUAAAAUUGACUUAAAGCAGGCAAAGGUGAUACCUGAUUCAGACAAAGUUUCAUUUUGCAAAGGACCUAGUGACGAUAGCAUUUUGUGCAUACUUUCUAACUACAACAAAACUACACUAUCCGCAGAACACUUGCAGGAUUUAGUAUUUCAAAGAUUUCUCUAUUCGUUUGGAACCCUAGGCAUAGAAGGUGUUUUAAAAGAAGCUGAGGUAGAUGCACAGGAGGCAUCCAAAACACUGAGCAUUCUAUCUAAUGCUCCUGCUAUAGUAAACAAACUGACAUCUCACUUGGAAACAGUCACUGAAGUUAUGAUUCCCGAAGUAAAACUGCUUUUCCGGCAACUAGAAGAAGGAACCGAUUGGAUAGCUACUCCUGAAGCGAUGGCAGUUGGAGGGCAGAUCUUGUGCGGAAAACCUUUAACUUCAUUAAGUCGAAGGUUUCAACUUCUCGCUCCCUCAGAAACAGAAAACAAAAUCGAAGAAAAAGAGCUUUUGAGACUACCGACUGACUUUUGCCGGCACGGAUACAAAGAAAUCAUGAAAAUGCGAGGUGGUGCCAUUUUGUGGGGAUUUUUAAAACCUCUCUUUCGGGGAAAGAUACUCUUUUCUCCUAAGAGCUAUGAACCAGCACUUCACAUCAUUGCAAAAAUAAAUGAAACUUUUAAUUCGCUUGAAGAACAAAUGAAGUUCAUCAAAGCAGCUGCUGAAGGUUCAACAGGAUUGCAUUAUCUCCAAAGGAAAAAUGAAACGCUUUCAUCUUUGCAGAAAUUUUUCGCUUCUAAUGCUGUCUCGAGGUUUAUAAAAUCUUCUUCGUGGGGAGCUGCUCUUUCUUGGCUGGAUGCUCCCAACACCAGUAGUCGUUCGUUAUUGCAUCUUGUGGAACUAGUUGGCAACGUGACUGAAUGCAUAAGCUUGGAUCGCUUCAUUGGAUUUGAUUCGGAAACUGAGCUUGAAGCUGCCGCAGCAACAUUGCAUGACAGGAGAGAAUUCAUUGCAGCUAUCGUAUUUGUGGGAGACGAAGAAACAGAUCCAAAUCAACCAGAGAAUACUAUAAGAAUUUCUGAGUACCUUCUACCAAAGAAAGUUUCUUACAAAAUACGAAUGGAUAUUGAUAAUGUACCAACGACUGAAUAUAUUAAGUACAGAUGGUGGAGGCCUUAUCCUUAUGAUGACUUCUUUGAAGAUCUGAGAUAUUUCAGAGGAUUUAUUCAACUGCAAGAUACCAUAGACGAUGCUAUCAUCAACAUUCAGACAGGUUCAAUUGAAGAUAAAAGCGUGAAGAAAUAUCUGCAACAGUUUCCGUAUCCAUGCCACCAAAGUGAUAAAUGGGGGACACUUUUGAAAGGAAUCAUGCCAGCGAUCAUGACCAUAUCGUGGAUUUUCAUUGUAGCAUUUUUGGUGAGAGAACGAGUACUCGGUAGAGAACUGGAAUUAGACGAAACUCUUCGAGUGAUGGGUUUGAAGAAAAUAUCCGCCUGGAUGGCUUGGUUCUUGACAGGCCUAGCUGUUCUUUUUGUAUCUGUGAUUGGCAUCGUGGCUGUACUGAAAUGGGGAGGAAUCACGCCACUAUCAGACGUUACUAUCUUGUUUUUGUUUGUGGCAGAUUUUGCCAUACUUCUCAUUGCAUACUGCCAAUUGAUGAGCACAUUCUUCAAGAGGGCAUCCACAGCUGCACUGCUCUCAGUUCUUUUAUACGUUCUAUCAUUCUUUCCAUUUCUUCUGUUCGUUACUUGGGAAUUGGACUUCUUGUAUUGGCAUAAAUUGUUGUCGUGUGUUCUAGUCUCAACAUCCUUCUGCUUUGGUUGUCUCUACCUGAGUCGCUAUGAAGACCAAGGUCAAGGCAUCCACUGGUCCAAUCUGUGGCUCAGUCCAGAAGCUGAGGAUAGAAUGAAUUUCGGAACAACCUUAGUCGCAAUGGCAUUGUGUGCUCUCGUAUAUUUCUUCAUCGCAUGGUAUGUUGGAAGAAUUUCAUUGGGUUACAAAACCAAGAAACCUCUACCCUGGUACUUCAUGCUCCCAUCUCCAUCCAUAAAAGAUGAUAAAGUAUUCGAAAGUAGUUUAUCGAACUCACAAAAGAAGGCCAAAAAAGCUCUGGAAGCUGGUGAUCAAAAGGCUGGAGCAUUAAAAAAAGUUGGAAUAAGCAUUGAAAAUGUGCACGCUGUGUAUUCUAAGAAAGGCUCCAAAGAAUGGAAAGCACUAUCAGGACUAAAUAUAGAACUGUACGAGGAUCACAUCACAGCUCUACUCGGACACAACGGAGCUGGAAAAACAACUACCAUAAAAUUACUCACCGGAAGAAUUCCACCUACGUCUGGAAAUAUCAAGUUAUACGAUUUGGACAUACCCCAACAACUACCUCUGGCUAGAAAGAUGAUAGGAUUUUGCCCACAGAACAACACUCUCUAUGACAAGUUAACUGUCAAAGAGCAUUUGUAUUUAUUUGCACAUCUGAAGGGCCUACUAGAUGCAGAAAGCAUUGAAAAAGACGUCGAAGGCAUGGUGAGGAAUUUGAAUCUGGUUGACAAGCAACAUGAAUGCAGCGAAAAACUGUCUGGCGGACAACGAAGGAGACUGUGUGUGGGCAUAGCCUUUAUUGGUGGAUCAAAAAUAAUCAUCUUAGACGAACCCACAAGCAGUGUUGAUCCUGUGGCGCGUAGAAGCAUCUGGGAUCUCAUAUUAAAGUAUAAAAAAGGAAGAACUAUUUUAUUCACAACACAUCACCUUGAUGAAGCGGAUAUAUUAAGUGAUAGAGUGGCAAUACUACACAAAGGCCGUAUGUUGUGCAGUGAUUCCCCAUUGCAACUGAAAGUUCGUUUUGGAAGCGGUUAUCGUCUCAGCCUUUUUCCUGGAUCGGAAAAGCUGGAGCGAGAUGAUCGAGAUUCUGGUCGUGCUUCAUCUCUCACUGGAACAGAAGAUCUCAUCAAUGUGGACAGCGAUGGUAUAAUGGAAUUCAUCCAAGGUUAUGUCCCUGAUGCAACACUUCUGGAGAAUGAUGAUAGUCAUUUAGUAGUGAGCCUGCCCGCUGAGCCUUUGACCACCAAACCCCUUUCAGAAUUCUUUGCCCACCUUCAGAAAUGUCUUCAUUUGUGGGGAUUCAACAGUUGCUCCUUGUCCAGUGCUACACUCGAAGAAGUGUUCCUGACGUUAUGUCGUUUGGAAGAUGCUAAAGUUGCUCACAGUUCUGAUAAAUAUCAUGAUACAUCACCCUUUCGUGUACAGAAAGCGAGUGAAUCGAUUUUCUUCAAAGGCAAUGAAAAUAAUAAUCCCAAAAACAAACCCGUUGCGAUUGAAAUGACUGAUUCAAACUACACAGAAAGUUCUUAUUUCUGUUUAAAAUACAACCAGAUGUGGGCUCUUCUCAGGAAACGCUAUUGGCACACUAAAAAGAAUUGGAAAGCUCUCUUAUCCAGCAUCGUGAUGCCUUGUGUCUUUAUUGCCUUGGCCAUGGGAUUAGCUGUAGGCAGACCUCAAAAGCCUCCGGAUCCUUCCAUUCAGCUUAAUCCUGAACUUUAUUCCACUAAAGAUCAUAAGACCGUGUCAUUUUACUCAUGGGGCGAACCAACACCGUUUCUCGGUAGUACAUUGCUUCAUACGUUGCGAACCAACUAUUCUGGUGCUGAAAUCUGCAAUAGGGAACUUGAAAACUGCCAAUAUUCAAAAGCGGAGUCUUUUCUGAUGAAAGAUACGUCACCCAAAUGCUUAUGUGAACGCGAAUGCCCAGCCAAUGUAGUUGCACCAACCUAUUCCUUCUCUACAAGAGACCAAAUAGUGUUCAACUUGUCUGAUAUUGAUAUACCUCAAUACAUCCUCGACUCCUUCCUUCAGUUCAAUGAAAGAAGAUGGGGCGAACCAACACCGUUUCUCGGUAGUACAUUGCUUCAUACGUUGCGAACCAACUAUUCUGGUGCUGAAAUCUGCAAUAGGGAACUUGAAAACUGCCAAUAUUCAAAAGCGGAGUCUUUUCUGAUGAAAGAUACGUCACCCAAAUGCUUAUGUGAACGCGAAUGCCCAGCCAAUGUAGUUGCACCAACCUAUUCCUUCUCUACAAGAGACCAAAUAGUGUUCAACUUGUCUGAUAUUGAUAUACCUCAAUACAUCCUCGACUCCUUCCUUCAGUUCAAUGAAAGAAGAUAUGGCGGAUGGACAAUAGAAGAGAGUAAUUCUGAUGAAGAUGUAAUAAAAACUUGGUUUGAAAAUAGUGGUUAUCACGCUGCACCUUCUUAUUUAAACACGAUUAACAACGCUAUUUUGAAAGGGAGAACAGGAUACGAUUUUGAUAUUCAAACUUGGAGUCAUCCUCUACGCCUGAGUGUGGAACAACUUGGUAGAGAGUCUCUUUUGGAAAGACUGGCUGAAGUAGGAAUUGCCUUCGUCUUUCUCAUUGGCCUGUCUCUGGUCCCUUGUACCUUCGCAACCUACAUCGUAGGGGAGAGGCAAUCCGAACAGAAGCGUCUGCAGAUGGUAACAGGAGCAAUAGGUCCUCUCCUGUAUUGGAGUGUUGCUUUUAUAUGGGACAUUGGAAUAGUUUUCUUUACCAGCCUUAUAUCUGCUGCUAUCGUUGGAUCUUUUGCUUUACCAGCAUUUUACCAAAGAGAUAACUUUAAAGCUGUAUAUACUCUCAUCUUUCUUUAUGGGUGGGCAACGACUCCUAUUACUUACUUUUGCAGUCGUUUUUUCAAGGAAGGCAGUUUAGCAUUCAUGGUCGUAUUCACAAGUCAUCUCUUCAUAGGUUUAGUCAUAAUGUUUGCUCUCGUCAGUUUACGCAUGAUCAGUAUAUCAAAAGAUGUCACAUCAACUCUCGAAGUUCUCCAGAAGUUUUCUCUCAUCUUUCCCCAGUACAGUCUCGUCGGUGGUCUGACGGAUUUAAAUGAAAACCAAAUACGCACAGAAAUAUUUGAACAAUUCGGUCAAGACAUCUACGCGUCUCCUUUUAAGUGGAAUUCGUUGGGUCCCAAUUUUGUGGCUCUCUUUCUGCAAGGAAUCAUUUUCUUCUUACUGACUGUCCUUAUUGAGAUUGUACCUUGGAGAUACUGGUAUCAGAGGUUGAUAUUUGGGAAAAGACCGAUGAACCAAGAAGUUGUGCCAUCUAUUGAAGACCCUAAUAAAUAUUUACUGCAAAUUCAAGAUAUUUCACAGGUUUAUCAUACAAAAGCUGGUAGGAAAUACGCAGUCGAUAAUUUAACUCUGAAUAUUCCUGUCGGAGAAUANGAUGCAUUAGAUGGGCUUCUCACCCCUAGACAGCACCUAACAGUCUAUGCAGGUCUGAGAGGAAUACCAGCAAAAAGUGUUGCCACGGUGGUGGAACAUUGUCUGGAGAGUUUAGAAUUGGACGCACAUGCAGAUCGUCCAGUAAAUGCCUUAAGUGGAGGAACGAAAAGAAAACUUUGUACAUCUAUCGCCACUUUAGGGGAUCCAGAACUUGUACUCCUGGAUGAACCAACGUCCGGCAUGGAUCCGGCAACCAGAAGACUAGUCUGGAAAAACAUAUCACAAAUAACUGAAUCAGGUCGAUCAGUUAUAUUGACCUCACAUAGCAUUGAAGACUGUGAUGUAUUAUGCUCAAGACUGGGGAUAAUGGUGAACGGCAAAAUUGCAUGUUUAGACAACCCCUCCAAGCUAAAAUCAAGAUUGGGAACUGGAUACACGUUGUCUUUCAGAAUGACUGAAAACUUCUCAAAACACUCUUCUCUUAUAAAUUUCAUCCAAGAAGGUCUUCCAACCGCACGCAUACAAGUGCACAGUGGUAGAAGAAUCGAAUUAAUACUACCGGAUGAAAAUGUUUCUCUAUCAAACCUGUUUUGUCAACUUGAAGAAUGUGCCAAAGAGUUUGGUAUGGAGGAUCUCGCAAUAGAUCCCACAACUCUCGACCAGGUGUUUGUAAAUUUCGUAAGGCAACAGUCUGAUUCCUUACACACUGCAGAAGGAGAAAAAGAGUCAUUUGUUAUGGCGGAGGAAAAUCUAGAAAUAUGUUGCACAAAAUUGUGAACAAAGCGAAACCAAUUUGUGUUAAUAGCAAUUUUAAGUUAAAUAAUGUAAGUUAUAAGCAUAUUCUUACAAUUAUAAAUUUGUUAUGUUUAAAUAGGUUUUGUUUGUUUUCCCUCUUCAAACAUGUGAACAAAAAUUUAUUUCUCAGAAGUAAAUUUUUUUUAAAAAUUGAGUACAAAAUUCAGGGUUAAAGUUUUCGUUUUCUGUCGUAGUUGUAUUGAAAAAUAUUUUUAUUUGUUGCCAAUUUUUAAGACAAUGCUUUUUUUUCCCGUCAAACUAUGAAAUAGAAAUUUAAUUGCUUUUAAGCU